GCUCCUUUCGUCUCAUCCAGUUCUAGAACUCAGGCCACCAGCCCGUUUGUCAGUUCUACCAUGAAUCUGGAAAGUGCGCUAUCCAUUCAAGGCAGCCCCUACCAGACGGGCUUCCCGACCAAACUAAGCGCCACAAUCUCCUCUACAGCCAGUGCAAAUCUAUUCGGGUUGAGUCAUCAUCGUCGUCGGCAACCUGGCACUAUAGAACCUCCUCAGCUAACUCCUAGCUCGCCAAUUCUGCUCUCUACCUCAGCUGCAUCGGUAGCCAGCUCAUCUUCGAGCCGACCCUCGGGACCGACUGCCCAGUUGUAUUCUGCCAGCACUAGCAGCAGCCUGAAAGGCCCAGCCUCUUCACGAAUUGCAACACCUGUCGACAGACUAAUCUCUUUGGUCGACGAGCCCAGUCCUGUGGUUCAUCAGCCCAGGGCCAGGUCAUUUGAUCAACUUGUAGAAAUGGUCAAAAGGAGCCGUGAAUCAACUAGCGAGGGUACUAGCGGAGCCAGAUCUGCGCCACUCACUCCAGUCGAUAAGAUGGCAUCGAAGGAAGAAGAAGUAAGGGAAGGUUAA